AUGGGCACCUUUCUAGGCCAUUUCCUCCCCGGCCUGGCCUUCGCCGUCCUCAGCGUGUGGCACACGGUCAGCACCGUCAGGACCUACAAGCUCCGUGGCGCCUCCGGCUUCCGCUUCACCACCUGGUUCCCCUUCCCCUCGCCGCUGCGCGGCCUGCGGCGCCUGGAGCUCUACCUCCUGCUCUCCUUCUCCGUGCUCGCCAUCAUCGACCAGCUCGUCGACCUCCCCAUCCUCGCGCUCUGGCUCCAGCCGGACAGCCUCGAGCACGCCACCAUGUACCUUCACCUCGCCGUCUACGCGUCGAUGGCGCUUCGCCGCCGACUUGGGGACGUGGUGGCCGCGCUCGCCGCGUCGGUGUUCGGGCAGGAGCUGUUCCUGCUUCGGUUCCACUCCGCGGACCACGCGGGGCUCGAGGACCACUACCACUGGCUGCUGCAGCUCGCGGUGGCGGCGUCCCUCGUCGCCACCGCCGCCAGCGCCGUCCUGUCGAGGAGCUUCGCGGUGGCGGUGGUGCGUUCCGCGUCCGUGCUGCUCCAGGGCCUCUGGUUCGUGGUCAUGGGGUUCGCGCUGUGGGUGCCGGCGCUCGUGCUGAGCGGGUGCCACGCCGUGAAGCAGGGGAGCGCGGCGAGGAGGCGGCGGCGGCGGCGUGCCUGUUCUUGA